GGCAAUUUCUAUCAGGAUAUUUUCACAUUAAAUUGUUCUUUCUGAUUUACUGAGAUAAUCCAUUUAAUCUUACAUAUAAUUAUGUUAACAUGUACGAUCUUAAAAUCUAUAGAAAGCAAUUUCAGCAAGCCAACUUCUCUCAGAGCAUUUGUACAAUUCGACAAUCAAUUCACAGGAAUAGUAAACGACAUUUUUGUGACAUUGAGAUGGAACCAAUCUGAAUUUACCGAUGAAAUACAAAGGUACACAGUGCAAUGUUUUGUUAUGGAGGAUUUAAAAAAGAUUCAAAUCUGCGACGAUAAAAAUAUCACAAUUACAACAUUGGAGCACACGGUGCACAAUCUUAAACCUAAUACGACAUAUUAUUUCCGAGUACGUGCACAUACUGAAGUUAUUGCUGGUCCUUACUCGGAUUUAAUCAAUGUAUCGACUACGCAUGAAAAUCCAAUACCUAAAUUAUUAUUAGUAACGAAAAAUGGUAUCGACAUAUUGGACUUAGAUUCAAAUACAUAUAAGAUUCUCAUUCGAAUGCCCAUACAAGAUGUCGCUUACUGGGCCCAAGAAUAUAGAAUUUAUUGGAUAUCCCGAACAGACCUAAUGACAUUGAAGAUUACUGAAAAUAAUAAAAUCACAGAAAUAGCUAACUUUGGUCAUUAUAUGUAUGAUCUCUGCAUUGACUGGGUAGCAAGAAAUCUAUAUUUGACCUAUUUCAACUUAGAUUUUUACAUUGCAAAAUUCGAUUUGACAAUGUGGGAAAAUGGCAUAAUUAAAUUUGAUAAGAUUUUCAAAUCAACUUAUUCUAUUUACUAUUUAAAUGUAUCACCAUCUAUGGGGUACGUUUACUAA